ACUGGUGAGCGUAUACUUCCCAUUGAAGAGACAAGCAGAGCACACACUAUUAUAAUAGUAGAAUUUAUAGUUUUUGAUAUAUAGGGAAACACAGAAAAAAGAAAAAAAACAAAAAAGCCAUGGAACGUGGAGGCAGGCUCCAUCGCUAUCGCAAGCAUGCAAAGCAACCAGUAGCCAGCUCUGGUCCAGGCAGUAGUUUAGCCCCAGCGAACAUCAAUCCUCCAAGGCUUCCCAGUUUCAGCCAGAUCAAGGCCAACGAAGGCAACUCAUCAACUGCGACGCAAGCCAACCAGCUCGGCCACCAACCAAGGCCUUGCAUGGUCCGUGAACAGGACCAGUACAUGCCAAUAGCCAAUGUGAUUCGCAUCAUGCGUCGUAUCCUCCCAGCUCAUGCUAAAAUCUCUGAUGAUGCUAAGGAAACCAUCCAAGAAUGCGUAUCUGAGUACAUAAGCUUCAUCACUGGAGAGGCCAAUGAACGCUGUCAGCGUGAGCAGCGCAAGACUAUAACUGCUGAGGACGUUCUUUGGGCUAUGGGAAAGCUAGGCUUCGAUAACUAUAUUGAGCCUCUCACUUUGUUCCUCAACCGCUAUCGUGAGACGGAGAACGACCGUAGCUCUAUACGCGAAAACAUCUUGAAGCGCAGCAGCGCUGGAGUUGUGGAAUAUGGGAUGCCUGCUUUUGUUCCAAGUUUCCCCAUGGGGCCUCCUCCACCGGCAUUUGGUGGUUCACUGAUUGGUGGAUACUACAGGAAUGUGUCUGAUUCUGCUGCUGGCCUUGGAGGUGGGUCUUCUGAUUCAAACCCAAAUCCAAAUCCCCUCGCUAACUUUGAUCCGUUUGCUCAGUUCAAGUAACGACAUGCAUGAUAGCUAGCUGAACAAGAAAGUGAUAAGAUUAAAAGGAAUAAGUUAAGGGAUGUUAUAUUAAAACUAUAAUUAAUUAAACAAGAAUAUAGCUGAUAAAAGGAUGGUACAAGAGACCAUGUGUUUCUCUUCCAUGCAAGGAGAGAAAACAAUGGCUCCCUCCUGUGCCUUGUUUCCUAAUAUGUAGUUGCCUUUUCUUUUUAUUGGACUGCUAAUCUUGUAGCUUACUAGCUUUAUCUGCUCUUAUUAUGAAAUGCUUUACCCAUAGUAUGGGGAAGACCUAAUAUUAAUUAAUCUAUUUUGAUUUUGCCUUGUCUUC